GGGGGAUGGCGGUCGCGGGGCGGGGGCGGCAGCGGCGGCGGGAGCGGCGGCGGGGCCGGGCGGGGCGGGCGCGGGCGGCGGAGGCGGCGGGCGGCGCCCCCGGGCAAUAUGUUCAAGAGAAUGGCAGAGUUCGGGCCUGACUCCGGCGGCAGGGUGAAGGGCGUCACCAUCGUGAAGCCGAUCGUGUACGGGAACGUGGCGCGGUAUUUCGGGAAGAAGAGAGAGGAGGAUGGUCACACUCACCAGUGGACGGUGUACGUGAAGCCGUACCGGAACGAGGACAUGUCUGCAUAUGUGAAAAAAAUUCAAUUCAAGUUGCAUGAAAGCUACGGUAAUCCUUUAAGAGUUGUUACCAAACCACCGUAUGAAAUCACCGAAACGGGCUGGGGUGAAUUUGAAAUAAUCAUUAAGAUUUUUUUCAUUGAUCCAAAUGAAAGACCUGUAACUUUAUAUCACUUGCUGAAGCUUUUUCAGUCGGAUACCAAUGCCAUCCUGGGGAAGAAAACUGUAGUUUCUGAAUUCUAUGAUGAAAUGAUAUUUCAAGAUCCCACUGCGAUGAUGCAGCAGCUGUUAACUACGUCUCGUCAACUAACACUAGGUGCUUAUAAACAUGAAACAGAGUUUGCAGAUCUUGAAGUGAAAACCAGGGAGAAGCUCGAAGCUGCCAAAAAGAAGACUAGUUUUGAAAUUGCUGAGCUUAAAGAAAGACUAAAAGCAAGUCGUGAAACCAUCAACUGUUUAAAGAAUGAAAUCAGAAAACUUGAAGAAGAUGAUCAGUCUAAAGAUAUGUGACAAGUGCUGACUUGAGUGUGCUCUGAAAAUGGAAAGACUUCAGUCAUGGAAUUGUAUGAGCUCUCUUCAGUUCUGUAACUGAGACUAUGAGAAUUUCACUGGCAAAUGAUUGAAGUUUGUGGCAAUCAACUCCAUAAAUGGAAGAAAAAAGAAAGAAUGUAUCCUUGUUUUAUAGUCAAAAUCUGUGGGUACUUAAUGAUUUAUUUCAAGUGGAAGUGGUCUUGAAGACCAGAGUACUUUUUUUUGGAAACUGCAUUUGAGUUGUGUAUGAAAACUUUGUAUUAAGUCUUGUAUUAGUUCAAUGUGAUUUUACAAAAUGCUGGUGUUUACUUUUUUUUACUUUUUUUUCUACUUAUUGUUUAGAGGUGCAUCUUUAAAGCUAAAAAUAAAAUACGCAGUUUUUUAAUUUUAA